AUGGCCGGCGACUCGGAACCUUUUCCCGUCCUCAACACCUCGGCCGAUCAGUUCCCGGCCGCCGACUCGACUGCCCCGCGUCGGCGUAGAAAGUCGAGCGCCCUGGGCCAGGAGAUUCGUGCCGGCGAUACAGGCGCACCGAGCCUGGGCACCGGCGGCCUGGCGAGCGUUCACGAUUCUUCCCCGCCCUCGUCGUCGCACUCCUCUGCCUCCCUAAACGGCGACGUGCGCCAGCUAUCCGGAGAGAAGGAUGCCGCCACCAAGAAGCACUCGAAGCGCAGAAAGGCUCGCUCUCUCAUGAGCCGCCUCGUGCGCUUCUCGGCCAAGCACACCUGGACACUACCUCUGGUGCUGCUGGCCGUCUUUGGCGCCCUCUAUGCCAUCAAUCCGAACGAGUCGAAUCCGCUCCACCACUUCAUCUUCCUCUCGUACAAGCUGCCCCUCGAAGCUGGCGCCGACCCCGAGACCACGCCCCACCAGUACGGCAAGGGGCUUUGGGAUAUUGCCUUUGUGACCUUUUACACGAUUGUCCUGUCCUUUACGCGCGAAUUCAUCAUGCAGGAGCUGCUCCGGCCGAUUGCUCGCUACUAUGGCAUCCGCUCCCGUGGCAAGCAGGCGCGUUUCCUGGAGCAGGCCUACACGGCCGUCUACUUUGCCUUUCUGGGUCCGGCCGGCAUGUUUGUCAUGAGCCGGACGCCCGUUUGGUACUUUAACACGACGGGCAUGUACGAAGGCUUCCCCCACAAGACGCACGAGGCCUACUUCAAAUUCUACUACCUGUUCCAGGCCGCCUACUGGGCCCAGCAGGCCAUUGUCCUGGUGUUGGGCCAGGAGGCGCGGCGCAAGGACUUCAAGGAGCUGGUCGGUCACCACAUUGUCAGUUUGAUGCUCAUUGCGCUGAGCUACAGAUUCCACUUUACAUACAUGGGCCUUGCUGUCUAUAUCACGCACGAUAUCAGUGAUUUCUUCUUGGCUACCUCCAAAACUCUCAAUUACCUCGACAGCUCCAUCAUGGGCCCGUAUUUUGCCGUCUUUGUUUGCUCAUGGGUCUACCUGCGCCACUUUUUGAAUCUCAAGAUCAUUUGGUCCAUCCUCACCGAGUUCACCACCGUCGGUCCCUUUGAGAUUAACUGGGAGACGCAGCAGUACAAGUGCCGCCUCAGCCAGGUCAUCACGUUCAGUCUGCUGGCUGCCCUCCAGGCCCUCAACCUCUUUUGGCUCUUCUUCAUUGUGCGCAUCGCCUACCGCUUCGUCACCCAAAAUGUUGCCGAGGACGACCGCUCCGAGGCCGAGGAGAGCGAGCUCGAGGUUCAGCGCGAGGAGCUCGAGCGCAAGAAGGUUGAGCUCCAGCGGCUGACGGAGAAGGCCGAGGAGACACCGCUGCUGGUCAAGGAGGACACCAACGGACACGCGACAAACGGAGCCGUCAAGGUAAAUGGCAAAGCGCGGUAA